UCCAUGAAGCGAUCCACAGGUGAUUUUUGUAAACACUGGACAGUCGCGGACUAGGCGGUGUGAACUUUGCAUUACUGCAUUAGCCUCUCGCUUCGACUGCACGAUGCACCGCUAGUGUUGUCAGUUACAUCGUUGUCCGGCACCUGACCGAUGCGUUCAAACCUUCACCAUGUGGAUGAAACCGGAGGAGGUUCUUCUGGCGAACGCUCUAUGGGUAACAGAACUGUCGAACCCCUUUUUCACCCUGCAGAGGCGAAAAGGUCACGGCACCAAAGGCCUAUCGUCGGUCCUAGUAGGAACACUCGAUUCGGUAUUUGACAGCAAGCCUGCGCCCUACAGAAUUCUUCAUUCAACUCCCCUCUCUGAAGUCAGCUACGUUGUAGCCACCUCGCUGUCACGUGAGGAGAUCUUCCAGAACUGGACCUGGAUUGAGCAGAAUCUUCUCGAGACACUCAGGAACUUUGACUCUGAAGAUGAGGCAACGGAGUUUGUGUGCUGCAAGAUUCGCAGCCUGGUGGCACAGCGGGAGGUUUCCCUGUUGGAGGUGGACCAGGACAAUGCCCAGUUUCGGGUCAACGCGAGCCGCUUUGCCUCCAUCUUCAACCUGCCCCCGCAGGAGAAGCUAGUCAAUUACUAUUCAUGCAGCUUCUGGAAGGGGCGCCUUCCCCAGCAGGGCUGGCUCUACCUGAGCAUGCAGCACCUGGCCUUUCAUUCGUUCCUGUUUGGGCAAACCACCCGAGUGCUGCUAAGGUGGACCGACAUCACGACCCUGGAGAGGAGCAGCAACUUUCUGUUUCCCGAGACCAUCAUGGUUGCCAGCAGACAGAAGAAGCACUAUUUUUCCAUGUUCACCAACAUCGUAGAGACGUUUGCACUCAUGGAACAGUUGGCUAACCUGGCCAUGAGACAGCUCAUCUCGGAAGAGACGUUCGAAGCGGACCAGCAGCUUUCCAGGAAACUCAGCUGCAAUGCCCCAAAGAAGCUUCCACUGCUCAAGAGAGACCUGGACGCAAGGGCACAGAGCGAGACUUAUAGGACCACGUUUUGUUUGCCGCUGGACGAGCGGCUAGACGGGAGCCUGGAGUGCUGCCUGUGGACGCCCUACAACAAGCAGGCCGUCCGUGGGAAGCUCUACCUGUCGCCAAACUACAUUUGCUUUGAAAGCCGGGUCAAAAACCUGGUGUGUCUGGUGAUCCCCCUGCGGCUACUCCAGGUUACCGAGAAGGUAGACAGUCACCACUCGCUCUCAAAUGCACUCCUGCUCACCACUAGGAACAAGGUGAACUUCCUGUUUGCUCAAAUCGAGGGGCGGGACUUCCUCAUCGAGAAGAUAUCCGAGCUGCUUGCCAAGAUUCCCCAGCCCGAGCAAAUUUCAUGUCCAGAGGAUGACAGUACGUCCCUGGCAUCUUCAAGUUCAUCCACAUCGUGGGAGCCGGAAGCGUCGCUGGCGUCGCGGUUCGAACUUCCCCGAUCGCAAGAGGCCCAGGAAGCCGAGACUCAAAAGGAGAAACAAUGGGAGGAGCACUUUGCGGAGUAUGGACGGGGUCUGUGUACUUACCGCACCAGCAAGGCCCAAGAACUGGUCUUGGCGGGCAUUCCAGACAGCCUCAGGGGAGAGCUGUGGAUGCUUUACUCUGGGGCCAUCCAUGAGUUGGAGACCCAUCCUGGCUACUAUAGGAGAGCAGUGUCCGAGAGCAUGGGCAAGCGCAACGCCACCAGCGAAGAGAUCGAGCGCGAUCUACACCGCUCGCUGCCCGAGCACCCGGCCUUCCAGAGUUCGCAGGGCAUCAAUGCCCUGCGGAGGCUUUUGAACGCAUAUGCCUGGCGCAACCCCGCCAUUGGUUACUGUCAGGCAAUGAACAUCGUGGCUUCAGUGCUGCUACUGUACGCGUCAGAAGAGGAGGCCUUCUGGCUCCUGGUAGCCCUGUGCGAGCGGCUACUCCCCGACUACUACAACACCAAGGUGGUUGGCGCACUCAUCGACCAAGGUGUACUGGAAGACCUGGCCAGGGACCACAUCCCAGAGCUUUACACCAAGCUGGACUCGCUGGGCGUGCUGUCCAUGAUUUCGCUUUCCUGGUUUCUCACCAUCUUUCUUAGUGUGAUCCCAUUUGAGUCUGCUGUCAACAUCGUUGACUGCUUCUUCUAUGACGGCGCCAAGGUGGUCUUCCAAGUGGCACUCGCCGUGCUCGAGGCCAACCAGGAGCGCCUGCUCAGUUGCAAGGACGACGGCGAGGCCAUGAUGGUGCUGUGCAGCUACCUCGAGAACGUGCACAACCCACAGGCAGCUGUCUGUUCACGGUCGGCAUUCCAGCCCACCACGGGGUCCAAGGAAACCGUGGACAUUUUGACUCUAGUCUAUGACUCGUAUAGCAAGUACGGAUUUCUCACGUCCGGCAUGAUAGAGAAGCUUCGUCUCAAGCACAGGCUUAGUGUUGUCCAGGGUCUGCAAGAUGCGAACGUGAAGAACGCAUUGAGGAGCCUUAGCUUGGACCCCCGCAUCUCGGCAUUGCUGACGCAGGACGAGCUCAGCAAUUUGGUGGCUCUCAUCAGGGAGCAACAGCUGAGCCAGCACAGCUGGGGUACGGGACCGCCAGGCGUGGCUCCACCCAAUGUUGACAGCGGAGCCCCCUACGGCGAGCAACUGUUCCACCUGGACAUGGACCAGUUCCUCAGCUUUCUCAGUGCUAUGGGCCCGUGGAGUCGUGGGGAGCAUCCGCGUCGCCUGGGCGUGCGCCUUUUCCGGCUAGCCGACGCCGACUGCGAUGGAUGGGUGAGCCUGGCCGACUUCUGUCGGAUUCUGGCCCUGUCCUCACGUGGUGACAUGGAUGACCGGCUGCGGCUUCUCUAUGGCGCUCACUUGGUUGUCUGUCAGCCAGGCGACGUUGAAGAUGCGCAACGGGACUCCGCAGACGACAGCCCUGAGCAAGAGGGUGCGGAGGUUGCCACGGAGGCCGAGGAGUACUUCAGUUCCCUUGAGGAGGGUUCUUCCGUCGACCAAAUCUUGUCAUCAUCCUCGGCUUCAGAGGGCAGCCCUGCACCAAGUUUGCAGCAGCAGCAGCAGCUGCUUCAGCAGCGCACGGAUCUCCUCGAUGCAGUGCUCCAGCGCGUCCGAGACAGUGACUCUUUCUUUGGCUCGUCCUCCCUGAGCAGCAGCUACGGAAGCACUGGUGAUCCCUCCAGGUCUUCCAGCAAACCAUCGGACAUGACUCUUCCCGACAUGAACCAGGAACAGUUUGUCCAGAUGUGGCAGACCGUGUACAACCUGUUUGUGGGCCAUCCGGACGAGCAGGACUUCUACCAUGCUCUUGCUUGCACAGGAACUGAGUUGCUGCAAAUGGGCGAGAUGAACCACGAGGCGAAGACCAAGUCGGACAAUGCAGCAGUAGAGCAUUCUGGUGGAGACAGUGCUACAUAUGGGGAAGCUUCCCGAGACAGCAGUGCCACGGCGGCCACCGUUUCGUCAGACGUCUGGGACCGGCACUGGCACAUCAGCUUCCAGCAAUUCCGAGCGUGCCUGCACAAGGAUGAACACCUGGCGAGCUUUUUUGACACCAAGACACCCGUGUCCAGCGCUCUAGAGGAGCUUCGCAGCAGCCGUAUCCUGCAGCGGGCCUCCAGCACGCCUCCACUCACAGGUGCCAUCAAGGUCUGAUGAAGCUCCACGAUUCCAUCCGAGUGCUGUGUUGAGUCACUGCUCUCUGCCUAGGAGACAUGAUGGCCUGAACGCUGUAGUGGUGACAGUUCCGUGAGCGAGUGCUUCCAACUGUACCACACUUGCAUGUGCCGUGCAAGUAGAAAAGGUGUAAAUAUUUGUUUGGACGCCAAAUACUGUUUUGUACCAUAUUGUUAACGGCCGUCUACGACCUUGUUUACUAAACGUAAGUUUAGUGUUGCAUGACUCAGUCACUACUGCGUCUUCUGGACCUGUAGGAGUCUCAGCUUUGCGAGCCUCGUAUAAAAAAGAAAGACCCGGCAGCAGGCAACAAUCUGAUUCCCGAAGGAUGAGACGGCCUGAAUAACUGUACGGUUGGAAGGAGACUGCCAACAAACUGCCAUGCAUAGCUGAAGAAUUGAACUGCUUAACUCUUCAACAAACGUCCUCACAGAGAACAUGUUGGAAAUAAACAGCCACAUGCUAGCAGGAGGUCUUAGUUCACAGAGCAGGGCCGGAGGGUGCCAGUAUGGUUGGAGUUUGGGCACGAUUCGUAUUUGGACUGGACAGUUUGCCGUCAGUUUGGCUGUUUACCAACUUCCCGAGAGCUCAAGUGCUUUGCUGGACUUGCGAUAACUCAAGUUGUCUGCGCACCUUGAACUAUCUCUUUGGUGGCCUGAGUUCUCUACUGUGGCACCCUAGGAAGUUUUGGGAAUGAUCCUUGUUCCAUACAUCGGCUCCUGUUACAAUACAUUCUUUUUGUGACAACCUCCAGAGGCAUGUGUCAAGGAAAAGGGGGCCACAAGUCGUAGCUGAACACCUUUUCUUGUAUGGCUUGUCCUACUGUUCAUUUCCACAGAGAAUUGAAAAACUUUCAGAAUUGUUAGUGUUGUGCUACUGGAAGGGGCCUGCUGCACCUCUGUGUUCCACACCGCUUCGCUACUUCCUGUAUGAAUGAAUGUUGUGUAAAAGUGCUCUUUUGGGAGCCGAAAAAAGUGCCAUUGACCAAGAAUUGAUUUUGCGGAGCAGAUGGCCGUAUAUUUUGUGCAAGCCAUGGUGCCGUCCUUCAAUUGUCUUUCUUUCAUGCACCGACGUGGAAGCAAAGAGUGCGCAUGUGUAUAGCGCAACUGUAUUGCUCUGAUGUGUAAAAGGAUGUGUAUAAAACUUCUGACCAGUAUUGAGCUACCCGCACACGACGUCUGAAAUUUCGAUGUAGGCGUUGCUGAAGUGGUGUACUCUGUAAUUUGCACCCUGAGCGGUGUAAAGCUGCACGGUUACUUUAUGCCCUCUGUGAUGCUGAAUUACGCGGCUUGCUCUUUUACACUAUUUUUGGUGUAAAAUUAUGCUCUUUGUUCAAUAACUUUGUCAUGCAGAGGUAAAAACAAUUGUUACUCCCUCUUUAUUUUGAUGCUGAUUGCCCAGUACUUUACAGCUGAAAAUUCUAUGAGACUCUCGAAGAAGCUGUAGCGCCGCUGACGGGGGUGUCGUAGCAUUGUUGAAAGGUGUGCAAGAAUGAUGGUGAAAAGACGGCUGUGGGGCAAAAACAAAAAAAUAUGAUUGCAUACAGGAGGGUGUAAAAGAUCCGAGACUGCACUGUGUGAAAAUGACUUUCUCAAUUUCUGUGGGCGUUGGUUUCUUUUUUAGCACGUUAUCUCGCACUCAUUUAGUUGAACUCGACGAAGGCAGUUGUACUGCAACAUGAGUCUUUUCCUGACGCAACAGUAAUCUUCGUCUGACUUGAAUGCUUUUUCUUUCUUUGACACUGCAUACCCCAGUGACAUUCAGGUCAGGAAUUGUAUUUGCGCUUUCGUUUAACAUCAUGGCAUUUUUUAUAUUAGAGAAGCGAAAGAGUUUUCCGAACAGAAACUGCAAGUAAGCUGGGUGACUGUUAUUGUUCUGGGACAAACAAAAAGACACCACAGAGAGUGUGUGUGUGCGUUUUGUGUGUGUGUGCAUGUGUAUGUGUGUCACUUGCAACUGGUAACAUAGAAGCGACACAAAGUAACUGAUGUUUGCACCGGCAGGCGUUACAUUCAUCUCGGUGAAACGUAGGCGUGUGCAAAUAUUCCAGCACUUCGAAUCUUUGAACAAAUAGUAACACGUUCAAAUUUAAAGGGGCUCUGCAACACUUAUUCAAGUAGCCACGAAAUGGUUUCAGUAAAGGAGCCUACUGCCUCACAAAUUCACUGUCUCAAACAUUUUUAAAAUCCAUCCAGUACGAGCGGAGUUGCAAAGAUUUUUCACACAGUGCUAUGUCCCGACAAAAGCACUGGAAGCUAAGCAGGGAGCGACAGCACGGAGGGGGGGGGGGGAAUCACAAGUACGUCACGUGUUACUUGUGAUCUCGAGCGCUUUUUCUUUGUUUUUUCCUGUUUUUUAGAGUAUGCAGCUUUUCACUGACCAAGUGUGCCAUGCUCAAAUCACUCAAUGGCUGAUACAGUGGCUGCAACGAGAGAUUUUUGAGCUUGUUCCGUCAUUUGUCGAGAGAAGAGACGGCAGUUUCUAGCUGACUGAGAAUUUAUUGUGAAUUCCAGGUUAUGUGGUUAUGUGGUCCAGGUUAUAUUUAGCUCGCGUGUUUUCGGGAGCCUCUACUACUGAUUAGCAGCAUUUUCUGACGAUGCUCUAAAAGUGUUGCAGGGCCCUUAUAAAUUAUCGGAAAUUUCGAAGUGUUCGAACCGAACGAGUAGGAAUGCAUAAUGUAUUAAUCUUCCUGUAAACUCCUGUAAAGGUGAUUUCACUACUCUUGAAGGGUGCUAUACCAUGAAUACACAUUUCCAGGGAAAGCUGCACUGCCGCAAAGCCCCACUUUAGAGUAAAUGCACAUACACUCAAACCUCAUUAUAACAAAGUUGCAUCUUACACAAAAAUAAGUUCGUUAUAUCCGAAAAUUUGCUAUAAAGGUUUAUUCCUAAUUCUAUAUCUAUUGCAAGACUAAUUUUUAUUUACUUUGUUAUAACCAGUAUUUCGUUAUAUCUGAGUUCAUUAUAACCGGGUUCGUUAUAUCGAAGUCUAAGUGUAUUACCCUCACAUCAUUUUUUCCUCAUUUAAGUUUAAACUGCCUUACUAUAAGGCCUAAAUGCUCCAAGUAUAGUAAAAUUUAAAUAUGGAUCAUGUUUUACCUGUUAUCGCUAGCAUUCUACCGAAGUCAAACCUUGCUGCGAUUCAAAGUUGCUUUGACUCUCUUUUAACAAAAAAAAACGACAUUUGUGCAUGCCCUGUUUCAAUAUUUUAAAAAUAUUAUGCAAUUAUGUUGGGUCGUCACUUAUAUGCUCAUGUUUCUUUAUAAUAUGCGACUUACACUACUCAAAUUUAAUUCAAAAUUAUUUGAACUAAAUCACUAUUUGCUUCAAAUUAACUUUGUACCUAAAAUGAACUAUUCGUACAAGCCUAGUGAAAUGCCUCGCCAUUGUGACACCUUUCAUGUCUAUUCAUUCCGCCAUCACCUCGUAAAAGAACUGGACGUUCUAUUGUUGCGCGUCUCGUCUGUUCACCGGCUUUGCGAUGCAGUUGCACGGCUGACAAAUCCAGCAGCGCGCGACUGAGCCAAGACUGUCGCAUUUCAAUCAAAGCUAACAUUCACGACCAACUUGGUCGCGUCCGCUGCUAGUUGCCGAUGUGAUGGAUGUGCAUUUACUAACGGGUCAGAGCAGUUGUCACUUUUGAGGCGCUUCCACAUGCAAAAUUCCCACGCGACCUACAGUGCCAAGUUGCGGAGCUUCAAAUGCGGGAAUGACCACAUGACAUUUGGAGACAACUCUAAAUACUCAUUGAUACGGAAUAUGUUGUCCUUGCACAGUUCAUAAGAGAGCUGUUUGAGACAACAUACUCUGUAUCAAUGAGUAAUUGAGUAGUCUCCAAAUGUCACGUGGUCAUUCCCACAUUUUGAAGCUCCGCAACUCGGCACUGUAGGUCGAGUAGCAGUUUUGCAACCUGUGCGGUGCGCCCUAUUUUUCAGCUUUUGUUUCUUUCUUCUUUAUUUUUUAUUGAUAAUGGCGAGAAGAGGGCCACAAAUGUCUAUCCUGGCAUCCCGCAUCACUCACGAGCUGUUCGUUCACGUUUCGUACUCUCUGGAACUGCCCAUCUGUUGCCUCCAAUUUGACUGGUAGGCUGCUCAAUUUCGCACAUUUAUAUUUGACGUAUUUUAGAUAAUUAUGCUCACAUAAGUGUCAACUAUUUUGGUAGUGUCCUUAACGUCUGUGUGCUGCAUCUGUAUUUUGGGUUGUGCACCUUGACUGCCUGGGUUGCCGUUGUGACGGCCAAUUUAGACGAGGUCUGUUGGAGUAGGCUGCAAUGACAAGGUUGAAAUGUUGCCUAACACACGUUCCACUGACGUCAAACUUUUACAUGCAAUUGGAGCUUGACUGCAUUUUAUGGUUCAACACACCAGUUUAAGAAACUAACUUACUUUGUUUUUACUGAAGCAUUUUCAGUAGCGUGAAUGUACAGACUGUAACAUUGGAAUGCGAAGAUCGUAAGCUCUUUAGUUGGAUACAAUUUUAGGAGUUCACGGUGUUUCUUCUGCAAUGGCGGAUGCACACAAACCUGGACCAAUGGACGCGCACUCCAUAGUGAUGUUAAAACUGUGUGCAAUAUGUAUAAUGGUAGCCUUGUAAGAUUUAACACGUAAUUUUAUUUUGAGGAUUUUUUGUGAAUUUAUAGCUACAGCUAUGUUUUAACUAUGUGUUAGCCAAAAAAAAAAAAAAGCUUCAUUCGGCAUGUGUGCUAUGCUAAUGCAGAUGAGAAAGUUUUGCUUCUCUUUAAUCAAACCAGUGCUUUUUUUUUAUGCGGAUUAGAAGGUGUGUGUCGGUAUUACGGAUACAUGCAUGUCGCACCUAGUGUGUAGUGUGGGUGACCCAUGUGCUCUGAUUCAAUACAAAAUACUUGCAGCUCAUCAGGCUGGUGUUGUAACGAGGUCUAUAAAUAUCGAUGGGUCAGUAA